CAUCAUCCUGAAGUAAAAAAACGAUUACGUCAAGAAUUAGAUGAAGUUUUUGGAAAUGACUCAACAAAACCUAUAACAUUUAAAGAAAUUGAAGAAUUACAUUAUUGCGAUGCAGUUAUCAAAGAAGUAAAUCGGCAUAGUCCUGUAGCUUUUAUGAUCGGUCGCGUAAGUUCUGAAAGUGAUAACGUUGGAGGAUGUGAAUGGCCAAAAGGAUCUGUAUUUCAUAUGUAUUUUGGCUCAAUAAUGAAAAAUAAAAAUUAUUGGACAGAUCCUGAAAAAUUCGAUCCUGAAAGAUUUUAUAAAGUUGAAGAAAGUGAUAAAGAUAAAUAUUUACUUGAAAAGAAAAAACUUAAAAAUACUUAUUCUAUGUUUGGAGGUGGAAUUAGAAUGUGUCCUGGAAGAAAAUUGGCAAUUAUAGAAUUAAAAUGUUUAAUAGCAUGUAUUUACAGAAGUUAUGAUGUUGAUUUGGUGGAUUAUGACGCACCAAUUAAAUAUGAAUCUGGUUUUAUUAACUCUUGUCGUGAAUUAAAGGUUAAGAUUAAACCAAGGUCAUUCUAA